AGUUGAUGGGCUACACUGGGGACAGGGUGAGAGGUCUUGAGGGGCGAGUGGUGGUCUGGAGAGCCCUGGGCACCGCCCUGCUGGGACCCAAAUUCCUCGUGGGAACGAUGCUGCAGCCAUUGCGGCAACCACGAUGCCGAAACGAAAGAAGCAGAAUCAUCAUCAGCAGCAGCCGCAGCAGCAGCCCCCACUGCCAGAGCGGGAAGAGACUGGAGAUGAGGAGGAUGGGAGUCCCAUCGGACCACCCAGCCUUCUGGGCCCUCCCCCCAUGGCCAAUGGAAAGCCUGGUGACCCCAAGUCAGCUCUUCACAGAGGUCCUCCGGGAUCAAGGGGACCAAUGAUCCCACCACUGCUGAGUCUCCCACCUCCUCCCCGGGGCAGAGGCCCAAUUCGGGGAGGCCUAGGCCCCAGGUCUGGCCCAUAUGGUCGUGGUUGGUGGGGGGUCAAUGCUGAGCCUCCUUUUCCUGGACCAGGCCAUGGGGGUCCCUCCAGGGGAGGCUUUCACAAAGAGCAGAGAAAUCCUCGAAGGCUCAAAAGCUGGUCUCUUAUCAAGAAUACCUGCCCACCCAAGGAUGGACCCCAGGUUAUGGAAGACAAAUCUGACCGCCCCGUCUGCCGACACUUUGCCAAAAAGGGCCACUGUCGAUAUGAGGACCUCUGUGCCUUCUACCACCCUGGCGUAAAUGGACCUCCUCUGUGAGACUGUGCCUUCCCAUCCAGACUGGAAGGAGCCCUCUGACUUGGCGGCCAUAUACUUCCCUGUGGCCCUGUGAUGGCUACCGCGAGGCCAUUCACCUGCCACCCUCAGUCAGUGAUGCCCAGCUCCAUCACCACCUCCCCCACUCGGGGUCCAGAGCUGUGUUCCGUGACUGGUGCACGGUGUGCACUCUUCCUUGUGAUGCAGCCUCCAGAGACUCGUCUCCGGGACCCCAUCUUUGCUCCAUUCAACUGCCUCCUGGAUCCUCUUCCCCCUCGCCAGCUGACUGCAGAACAGGAAACCUCUUUGGUGCUGUUUCUUGUGCAUCUGUCCACCCAGCCCCAGGUAGCGCCCUGGAUUCCUGAGAGCCCUGGAGCAGUUUCCUACCAUUCCCUUCUCGCUGCUUGUUUUAAGUCCUUUUUAUGUGACACCCCCUUCCCCCAGUGUUGUCAGCUGCUCUGUGACACUCACCAGCUUGUCUGACCUGGGGUCAAGUUGGGAUGACUGGUGCAGAGUCACUCCUGAGAGGCCACGUUCCCUGCUUUUGGAUUUUGUAGUUUCUGCAUCAGUAGCAUGAUCUCCACCGCUAUGGUCUGUGAUCACUGUGCUUUGUGAGACUGUGCAUCCCCUCAUAGCCUUUCUCAGUGUCCAUGGCAUUUUUGUGACUUCCCAACGCUAGAGUGAGUUUUUCUGCCAAAAUGCGUGGGGCCGUUGGUGGCCUCUAGACUUUCCCCACCUCCCGACGUGGGAGAACUGUGAAACUUCCACAAGGCUGCCUGCCUGGUCCUCCCCAUUCUCCCGGUAUCAGUUUCUCUGGGUUUGACACAGGCCCGAGAGAUGUCCUCUACCCUAUCUCCUCUCCAGCCCGUUUUAGUUAGACUAUGUCAUUGUGAGGCCACCAGCCCUUUCGUUUGAAUUCUGUGAAUCUCCACCUGGUCUAACUGUGGGUGGAACUUGGACAGUACUGUCGCCCUCUUCCAACCUUCUUCCCCUGCAUCCCUGGCACUGGUUGUUUUCUGUGAAAACGGCAGUGAACAGGUUCAGUUUUGAACUGGCCCUGGGGAAAUGGGUCAGGAGUUGUGUGGGCAAGAGGGAGGGAUGAGAGCCGUUGGAGAACUGAGAAUGAAUUUUUUUUUUCUUUCUAACAUGUUUUUAUAUUAGUAAUAAAUGCAGCGGAAACAAGCAUUUUCUUUAA